UAAGUUUCCACCUUUACCUGGUCACACCUGUCAACAGGUAGGCCGACGACAGAAGUAACCGUAACAUGUUCCUUGGAUUCCGUCAUUCACCUGAAGACGCUCCUCCCCUUUCAACCCAAGACGUUUAAGGCGUACCGAAACACUAUCCAAGCCGCUGAGUAUCCGGAACAGACAAGGAAAGACUGUAGGCGCUGUUUUGUGCAGUGGAAGAGUCAGACUGUUGAGGACAUGUGGCUUUCCGUACUUGUGUUGUCGGUGUGGUGGGCCUUUUCUGCGGGCCAGACAACAACUGCGACCACCUCGGCAGCCCAGCCGUCGGUACAAGGUCAGUUCUUUCGAGUGGUGACAUUUGAGGAGGCUCCGUUCGCCGUGAAGUCCACCACUAAUAACGAGACAUCCUGGCGCGGGUUCUGUGUGGAUCUGCUGGAGGCGCUCGCCACCAGGCUGCAGUUCACCUACAACCUGACAGAGUCGUCAGACGGGCACGAGGGGACACUGCACGCCGGGACGGGCUGGACAGGCGCCGUGGGGGACGUCGUGGAUGGGAAUGCCGACAUGAUCGUAGCCGCCCUGACGAUUACGUCACACCGGGAGGACGUCAUCGACUUCACCAAGCCUUAUAUGGAAUACGGGAUCGGUAUGCUAAUGAAGGUGCCAGACGUGCACGGGACAUACGACUUCUGGGCGUUCCUCGCACCCUUCACAUUAGAGGUCUGGAUGACCAUAUUAGGUUCGUCGCUGGGCGUGGCCGGUCUGAUGUUCCUGCUCGCUGCAGUGCGGAGUAGACUCACUAGGGGCGCUCUUGAGGACGAGGAUAUCAACCUGGGAACAACCUUGUGGGUGUCCGUGGGGUGGAUAACUGGAGACAUUGCCAUUCCCGGCGGGAUCUCCAUCAAAGUUCUCGGGCUUUCCUGGGGCAUCUUCACCCUCGUGGUUGUGAACACUUACACCGCCAACCUGGCCGCCUCGCUAACCGUCAAGUCUCUCCAGACGUCAAUCAACUCGCCCGACGAUCUGAUUGGUCAGACGGCGAUUACGUACGGGAUUGAGGUGGACACGGCCAUGCACAGCUUCCUGCAGGACCAGGAAGGCCUGGAAACAACGUACGACAAGAUGUGGACGCAGAUGCAGACGCACCCGGACGGCCUGCAGACGAGCCUGGACGCGGCUGUGACCAGGGUUCGCGAGGGGGACUACAUCUUCAUACACGACGGGCCGUGGGUAGAGUACGAGGUCCUCCACGACGAGGCAAACAGUUGCCAGUUGAUGAUGGUGGGGAACACUUUCUUGCACAGGAGUUACGCCAUCGGCCUGCCACACGGCAGCCCCUACACAGAGGAACUCACCAUAAGCGUCCUUGAGAUGAAAGAAAACGGAGAGAUUGACGAACUGACGACAAAAUGGUGGCCGGCCUCGGGGUGUGACCUUCAUGGGGGAUCAAACGCCGUUGGAAGCGGGGAGGGUCACGUGAUCGCCGAGUUCUACGGGAUCCUGAGUAUCCUGGGAGCUGGGGCGGGGCUGGCUCUGAUCGUGGCCGCCUGUGAGAUAGCCUGGUUCAAUUUGAGUGUGAGGAAGAAGAAGGUGACUCCUGCUACGUCAGAGACGCAGGAGGAGAUGAUCAGGAGAGUCGUGAGGGAGUGUCUCAGGGAAACAGCCAAGGUGGAGGAGUACAACCUUGAUGAUGCUCAGCACACUAUCUCACAUUGACGACAGAAUAGAGCCAUAUUUGAAGAUUGUUAAGGCUUGGGUCCCAAUUUGGGAGUAUACGGGCCUGAAAGCCAAUGCCCUACCCCUUCCAGUAAAAAUUUCAGUACGGCCGGGCCCCGGGUUUAUUUUAAGUUGGAGUUAAAAUCGACCCGGGACCAGGCAACUGGUAAUAUAUAUAUUCAUACAUCAGAAGUGCACAUAUGCUGCUAUCUGGAGAGAACAUUCUUUAUUUUUGUCCACACAUUUACACAGAUUGUAUUUAUUAUUAAUAGAAGUGGAAAUGUUAAUAAGUGUCAAUGUUUUUAUGAACGUGUAUUUUGGCAUGAAAGAAGAAAUCCAUAAUUCUUUAUUUCAAUGUUUUCAUAUCUAUUUUGUUGCUAUUCAGAGUUUAUUCAGGUGACGUUACCAAAAUCUAGUCAUUAAAGAGAAAACGCAACUGUUUA